AUGACAGCGGAAAAGAGAGCAGAAGACCCAUGGGCAGACCGUGAGGUCGCUAGCUGGAAGUCGGACCGGGAGUUCACCAUUGGUGAUACUCGUUUCGUCACUAGGCCAACUGAUCACCACUCCCAGUGGUUUCCGAAAGCAUUGGUUACUGUCGUCAAAAUAGCCCCCGGCGAUGUCAUUGAUGCGGGAUACCUCAAGUCACGUAUACAGCAGUAUACACAUGAUUGCGACGUCUUCAGGCAGGACUUUUUGCAUUGUGUCCAGUUCUCGGGUGCAUGCAGAGAGGACAUUGACUUACAAGAGGACGCAAAAGCACAGCUUCAGGCGUGGGGAAAUUCCUGGGUAAAGUUUACACCCACGAAUGCGACGACUGAAGAUCCUCCAUCUGGACCAUACGUCGCGCUGCACGAGCGGAUGCAACAAGUUUGGCGAGUGUAUGACGACGACGCAAAAGCUUUCUUGGUCGCGACCUGGCCUUCCGAACAUGACAGAGAACGGUAUGAGAGCAAUGGCCUGGCAGGAAGAGCUUUCGCGUCACUGGGAGUAGCCGUUCCCUCACGACUGUACUUCACCAAGUCUAAGGAAAAACCACUGGACGGCGUUCGGAUAGCGAUCAAGGACAUGUACCAUCUCAACGGACUUCGGACAUCCGUCUGCAAUCGAGCAUACCAUGAUCUCUACCCCCCACAGAGUGAGACUGCCGAGUGCGUUCGAACGCUGCUUUCUUUAGGAGCUAUAGUUGUCGGAAAGACCCACUUGAGCUCUUUCGCAUGGAAGGAAGAGCCAACAGAGUGUGUUGAGUACCUCGCGCCUUUCAAUCCACGAGGCGAUGGGUACCAGUCUCCGGCGGGAAGUAGCAGUGGGAGCGGAGCAGCUAUCGCUUCCUAUGAUUGGCUCGAUUUCACGCUUGGUACCGAUACGACUGGAAGCGGAAGACGACCGGCUCUUUGGAACGGCUGUUUUGCUCUGAGACCUUCUGAGGCCAAACUAUCCUCCAAGGAUAUGGUCUUGACGUGCCCUCAAUUCGAUUCGCCAUCUCUCUUCGGUCGUGAUAUCCAUGCCUUCAACAGUCUCGUUCAGUCGUGGUACGGAGCGUCUAUCAAGAGCCAAGACCGGUCGAACCGUCCAUGGAGAAUUGUGUAUCCACUAGACUUCCUGCCAUUGGGCAACACUGAUCAGAUGGCUGUAUUUGAUGAGUUUGUUGACGAUUUGGCGGCAUAUCUCAAAGUCGAAACCGAGAAAUUCUCCAUCGCCAAGAAAUGGGAGCUAUCUCCACCUGUGGAAGAAAAGAACGUGGCGAAGUACAUGGAAAAUGUCCAGGAACACGGCUUCUACUACGAGCUGUAUCAUUGUUUCGAAAAAUUCCGAGAAGACUACAGAAAGCAGCACGACAAAGAGCCAUUUACUACCAUGUCCGUGAAGGGGGUAUGGGAUGUUGGGAGGCUUAUCGACGAGUCCCAAAAGGAUAGGGCCUGGCAGCGGUACGAAGUGUACAAAGAUUGGUUCAUCGAGAACAUCAUCCGCCCAGAUGAUACGAGGACCAUCAUAGUAUUGCCUAUCGAGGAGCUCGAGCCGCGCUACAGAGAUAUCCCGCCCGCACAGCCUGUCGAAGCCCCGAAAGGGAUUAGCGUCUUAUAUCUCAGUCCAACACUAGGCGCACCUGAGAUUGUGGUGCCGGCUGGGCAAAUUCCAUACAGCUCGCGUAUCACGGGACAGAAAGAAUACCUACCUAUGGCGGUAUCUCUGCUUGGAGCUCCAGAAACGGAUUUGGAGUUGAUCGAGAUGACUGAACGCUUCCUCAAACAUGUGGGAAGGUCUACCCGGGUACGCACGGGAAAGACGAUGUUCGGUGACAAGGAGAGAUGA